AAAAUUAAAAACCUAUAUAAUCUCUUUCAUUGAAUGAAUAUACAUUAGUUCAAGACACCUCACACCCAAAAGAAACAGUAACAAGAGAGCGAAUCAUGAAGUACCUUGUGAUCCUUUCCUUGGCCGUCUCCAGUGUCUCUGCUCUGGGCAUCCCGAGGUCCACUGGACCCGAGACCUCUGGGCCGGGCUACGAGAUGUGCAAUGACGGAGAUCAUGUCUCAAACUACUUGUACAGCGAUCCCGAGGACUGCCAUUACUUCUAUAGUUGCCAGUUCAACGAUCAUGAGUCCCAUUUCAUUGGGUAUCACUUUCAUUGUCCAAUGAAUACGGCCUUCCUUGAAAAUGCUCAACGUUGUCACCAUGAGGAAGAUGUGCCAUCGUGUCAAGCUCCAAACCCAGAAACCACCCCCACAACCACCACUACCACCACUACCACCACUACUACCACCACCACAACCACCACUACGGANGAC